AUGCAUUUUCGACAGCUCUCUGUGCUUACGGCACUUGUUGCCGGCGCAUCCGCGUGCCAGCGUGAUUUAGUCUUAAGCAAACGCCAUACCCAUCGCCAACCACUCACCAGGCGCAGCGACACUGCUUGGCCUCCAGUCUUGACAGACCAAGAAACCAUUCUGGUUAAUGCCUUUGAUAACUCGUCUAUUGAUGAGUGGUCCGAUUACUAUGGUCACCAGAACAAGCUGGCUGGCCAAGGAAAAGAGGCUGCUCAAUGGACUGCGGAUCGAUGGACUGAGAGUGGAUUCGAGUCGCAUCUUGCCGAGUACCACGUCUUCCUCCGAUACCCUGUGAGCUCUUCGCUACACGUCACCAGUGCCAAUGGCACCACAAGCGAGAUCAACAUCAAGGAAGAUGUCCUCCCCGAAGACGACGUGACCAACCGCACAGAAAUCUCUCAACAAACGUUUUUGGCUUAUGCACCAGGCGGCAAUGCUUCUGCCGAAUACGUUUAUGCUGGUCGAGGUUCAAUUGAUGACUUUGACCGACUAGUCGAGCUUGGUGUCGAAGUCGAGGGCAAGAUCGCUCUUAUCAAAUACGGUGGUCUCUUCCGAGGUCUCAAAGUCAAGAAUGCGCAGGAUCACGGUGCCAUUGGUGCUGUCAUUUUCGUCGACCCAGGUGAUGAUGGAAAUAUGACAACUGCCAAGGGUGUUGAGGCUUAUCCAGAUGGCCCUGCCAGAAACCCCAGCGCUGUCCAAAAGGGCUCAACUCUCUUCCUUUCCACUCGCACUGGUGAUCCCACAACUCCAGGUUACCCUUCAAAGAAAGACUCGCCUCGCGCAGAUAUUUCCGAAGUGAUCGCCAAGAUUCCAGCUAUCCCAAUCUCGUACUCGGCCGCCGAGCCUCUGCUGAAGGCUCUCAACGGUCAUGGUGUCACAGCAGAGAAGGUUAACCGGACUGCGUGGGUAGGCGGCCUCGAUGCUGACUACAGCUCUGGACCGGCUCCCGGCGUCAAGCUUUCUCUGAGCACUGAGACGCGUGACACGAUUGAGCCUGUACACAACGUCAUUGGUGUUAUCAACGGAACCAACGCAGAUGAGACAGUCAUCAUUGGUAACCAUCGUGAUACUUGGAUGGUUGGCGGCAACGGCGACCCCAACUCUGGUUCUGCUAUCCUUAUCGAGCUUGCUCGUGCCUUCAAGAAACUCACAGACUCUGGCUGGAAGCCCAAGCGCAACAUUGUCCUCGCAUCUUGGGAUGCCGAAGAAUGGGGCAUCAUCGGAUCUACCGAGUGGGUUGAGGAGCACGUCAACUGGCUCACUGAUACAGCAGUCACUUAUCUCAACAUUGACGUAGCUGUCAGUGGUCCCCGCCCUAACCUCGGUGCUUCGCCUGAGCUCAACACAUUUGCCACUGAGACCAUGAAAAAGGUCAUCCACCCUAACUUUGGAGGCUUCAACAAGUCCCUCUACGACGCUUGGCAUGAUGCCAGCGAAGGAGAUAUUGAAGUUUUGGGCAGUGGAUCUGAUUAUACCGCAUUCUUCCAUCGUGGUAUCAGCUCUCUUGAUACAGGAAGCAGUGGAGGUCCCACAGACCCCAUCUGGCACUACCACUCCAACUACGACUCGUACCACUGGAUGUCAACUCUGGGUGAUCCCGGAUUCCAUAGUCACGUCUCACAAGGACAGUACUUGUCUCUUCUUGGAUACCACCUGGCCACCGACGAUAUCCUUCCAUUCGACACACAGAACUACGCCAAAGAGCUUCGCGCCUACUACGAAGACCUUGUAGAGUUCACCGAAGGCAAAGAUGCGGAUCUUGACCUCGAGGAGCUCGACGAGGCUAUUGAGACCUUCAAGAAGGCUGCCGACGAAGUCAAGGCUUUGGAAGAGCGAGCCAGAGAGUCAGAUGACGAGGACCUCAAGAAGGUUGUCAACCACAAGUACCGCGACUUCCAGCGUGGCUUCAUCUCACAAGAUGGUCUGCCAAACCGUGACUUUUACAAGCACGUUGUCAACGCACCAGGUCUUGACACUGGUUACGCUGCCGUUACCUUCCCUGGUAUCACUGAGGGAGUUCUGUAUGCCGAUAAGGGUAACUUUACUCUUGCGCAGGAGUGGGUUGGAAAGACUGCUCGCGGUAUUGUGCUUGCAGCAAAGAUUCUCAAGACAUAG